GGUCCACCAGGAUCCUCUCCUCCAGCUCCCUCGCUCCCCACUCUGUUGUGCCAGAAUUUGGAGCCUCUAGAAUUGGGUGCCAUGGUGGAACACGGUGGGCUGGAUAUUACGUGCCUCAACAGGAAUUGUCAUAAUUCUGCUGCACCUACCCUGGGCAAAGAAAAGAAAAUAUUCAGGAAUUUCAAAACAAGUUUUACAAAUGACUACCCCCAGAAAAACGCAGAAAUCAUAAGCGGCCAGUACGGAGUCAAUUUGCUCUUGGUCGGUGUAUCCUUGAUGUUCUCGUUAUCGCACCGUGGCAGCUCUGUCAAAGAAGAGCACCUCUUGUCUUUUCUCAUCACUCUCAUGGUCCUGCAACUCAUGUGGAUGCUCUGGUAUGUCAUCAGAAAAGACAGCCAAAACAGCCCAGUCUUGGAGAAGGAUGUACAAGCGGGGACAAGCUGGUUAAGAGGAGGGCUAACUUUACUUGCUUUGAUCUCGCUAAUUAUGGAUGCUUUCCGAAUUGGACAUUUUGUUGGAUAUAAAGCUUGUUUAUCAGCAGCUGUGGGUGUUUACCCUGUAAUUCAUGCUGUUCAUACAAUUUCACAGGUACAUUUCCUUUGGUUUCAUAUUAAGGAUGUGAUCAAGACAUCUGAGACCUUUGAAAGGUUUGGAGUAAUUCAUGCAGUCUUUACAAAUCUACUUUUAUGGUGUAACGGAGUGAUGUCUGAAGCUGAACAUUUUUUAAAUGAGCACAAAAGAAGAUUGUCAUCGCUUGGCUAUGUAAAUGGCACAUUAGACAAAGAUGAUGAUCCUCAGUGCAACUGUACUACAAAUGCCUGCUCCACAUUCUCCAACACCCUUUACUACCUUUUCCCAUUUAACAUCGAGUAUCACAUUUUUGUCUCUGUCAUGCUUUUUGUCAUGUGGAAGAAUAUUGGGAGAACUAUUGACUACCAAAGAAAUCAUAAAGGUGUAAUAAGGACAACUGACCUUGUCAUAGGCCCGAUCCUGGGACUAAUUGCAUUUGCUAGUACAAUAGCUGUCCUAGUUAUAUAUAUAAUGCACAUAGAAGACUCAGUAGAGACCAGGGAAUUAGCAAUAGCCAUGUUUUAUUGGUAUGGAAUUGUCAUGCUGAUUUUCAUGUGUGCAGCUGGGAGCAUUGGCCUACUUAUCUUUCGAAGUGAUAACUUACCACUGGACUACUCUAAGAACCCAUCCAGGAAGCUGGAUACUGACUUGCUGUUUGGCUCUUCCAUUGGCUCAUGGCUCAUUUCCUGGUGCAGUAUCAUUGCAGUGAUCUCUGCUGAGAGUUUUCCUAAAUACAGAUGGACAAACUUUACGUACUCUUUGCUAGUCAUAUUAGAGAAAUACAUUCAGAACCUCUUCAUUAUUGAAUCCCUUUACCGAAAACAGAGCGUGAGUGAGAAGGAUCAGACUGAGACAAGAGCAGAGGUUUUAUCAGUGACAGGUAGCAGCAAUCUCUCUCUGGCUCCACCCUACAAUGGUAUAAUCAACAGAGCAUUUGAGGAUCAAGAUAAAGUGUGUGCCUCUCUGGAAAAUGAUCAAGAAGGUAAUAGACAAGUAUACAGCUAUCCAAGAAGGCUCCCAGAAGUUUCAAUUUCAGCACCAAAGAGAAGGUCUGCAAAACUAAACAAGAGGAGAAAAGCUCUGAAGAACAUUGCCGUGUUUCUGUUCCUGUGCAACAUUUCGCUCUGGAUAUUGCCAGCAUUUGGGUGUCGCCCACAAUAUGAUAAUGGCUUGGAAGAAGAAACAUUUGGUGUCACAACAUGGACUACAAUCCUCAACUUUGCCAUGCCAAUGAGCCUUUUUUACCGCAUGCAUUCAGUUGCUUCACUUUUUGAAGUACUCAGAAAAGUUUAAAACAAGAAAACAUUUUUGCAGACACGGAAUUAACUUAUAUAUAUUAAAUAUUACCAAUAUUACUGGUAAUUACGUAAAGAGAAGGUCUUUAUUAACCACUAGGCAAACUGUUCAUCCCACAAUAAAUUAUUUACAUGAGAAGUUUUCCUACAGUUGAUAAAUCAGGCACUGUGGUUCAGUUACAGUUGAUGGUUUAGAAUAAGAUGGUAAUAUUAAUAGCCAGACUCAGAUUUCAA